AUUCAAAAUCAAGUUGUGUUUAGAUAGAAACGUGCUGCUCUGCUGUAUGAUGCCCAAAGAGAAACUGAAGAAACUGAAAAGCACCAACUAAGAGUAUGCUACAUUUGCUUGAAAUAUUUAGAAAAUUAUUUAGUUUGUAUCGUACACGUACAGUGAGAACUUAGCCAUGGAGGUGGGGUGGUCUGGUAACACUCAACACCCGCAGUGACAUGAUAACCCUCCACGACCAGGGCCUUGUUGGACAGUAUAGGCUUCCUCACCUGUGUGGUUCUGGUGGUAGGUGUGCAAGAUGUCCAGUAUAUCAGUUGAGAGAGGAUUCUAAAUGCUCUUUUUCAAUCCGUGAAUUCUCUACGCAAUCUCUGGACUCUGAACAUCGACAUACAUGCAGUAACCUGUGAAGUUUCCUACCAUUGAUAUUCACCCAGUGUACACAUUGCGGCUGACUGAUUUUGAAUAGAUCUGAUUCCGACACGGGAGUAGACCCAAUCAAUAUUUUAAAAAUCCAAUUAACAUCAACUACAACGAUACCUAGACCACUUAAGGCCGAAUAUUCCGGUCACUUUCCAAGAGAUUAUAUUGGCCCUAUAAUAGCGACCAAUCACUGUUUGACAUGGAUGAUUAAUGAAAAGAUAAUGACACGCAUAGAUCCUUCAAAAUAGAACGGCUUAUGAGCUAUAAAAAAAGGGGGUGGGGACUGGAGCAAUAUAUGGGGAAAUACCUAAAAGAAGAGGAUCGAGCUUCUCUAGCAUUAGAAGAAGGCAGUUCACGUUACAGAAGCGUAUGUGGAUAAUGGUUUCAUCCGAUUGAGACGUUCAAUUUGUGACGUCACAGUGGUGGGCAGGAUAAGCGAGAAAAGGAGGAAGAAAGGGGGUGGGUGAGCCAGAGAAAGUUAACAAAAGUUUGACAAAGCGUCGAGACUUCUAAAAGAGAAGGCCAGAUUCAUUUGUGCACAAUCAUAAUCCGCAUUGAAAUCAGAUCUAUUCAAAAUCAGUCAAUGGAAGUGUGUAUAGAAAUUUACGUUGGAACGUUCGCGACUGACUGCAUGUCCAGGCCAGAGACUGAAAACAGAAUCCUCGAUUUCAGGGCGUUUAUUAAUGAACAUGCUAUGCCACCUUAGAGGCUCUGUAAUUUAGAAUUAAACAACCUUUCCCAACUGAUAGAAUGGUAAUUCUUCGCACAUUAUAGUACAUCAGAACCAAACAGUACAAUGGAGAGAUGGGUUGGACGAGUUGCCUUGGUAACAGGAGCAUCUGUUGGUAUUGGAGCAGCAAUUACUAGAGCCCUUGUAAGACAUGGGAUGAUUGUUGUUGCCUGUGCUCGUGGAGUGGAAAAAAUACAGGCGAUAAAAUGUGAGCUGGAAGCUGAGUCUGCGCCUGGUAAAGUUCAUCCAAUCCAAUGUGAUCUUAGAAAGAAAGAUCAGAUAUCAGCCAUGUUUGAAGAGAUCAAGAAGGAGUUUAAAGUAGUUCAUGUCUGCAUCAAUAAUGCAGGCCUUACCUACGGUACGAAACUUGUGUCAGGGGAUCCAGAAGAGUGGCAAGAAGCCCUACAUGUAAAUGUCAUGGCUCUGUGUAUUUGCACUCAAAAUUCAAUCAAACUAAUGCUGGACAAUAAAGUAAAUGAUGGACAGAUCAUACAUCUAAAUAGUUUGUCAGGUCACAGGGUCUUAGGAGAUGGAUUUUACUGUGCAACCAAGUACAUGGUGACAGCUUUGACGGAAGGAUUGAGAACAGAACUGAGGGCAAUGAAAACCAAUAUCAGAGUUUCUAGUAUUUCACCAGGAGUUGUUAAGACUGAAUUUGCACCAAGGAGAUUACGAGAGGAUCCUGCAGAAUGUUUGAUAUAUCAGAAAAAGCUGCCCCUCGAAGCAGAAGAUGUUGCCAAUCAAGUCAUUCACAUUCUCCAGCAGCCUCCUCAUGUUCAGAUCCAUGAUAUAUUGCUCCGUCAUACCGAGCAGAAGACAUAGAAGAAUCUAAACCCACGACAUCCAGCAAGCAAGAUGUGAUUUGAGACCAGUAUUAAAAGGCUACAUCAAAUACUUAUGUUCUCUACGAAACAUUUUUUUCUUCAAAAUAACCCUUCAUUUCUUUGUUUUCAUCUCAUUCAAAAACGUCUGAAGUAAUGAUUACCAGUAUUGCAUGAACAUCGAGGGUGCCAAAUAAUUUCUACUGAAUACUACGAAGAUUUAAAGAUCAUGGAAUAUAUUUUGUUUCCGUAUGCAAACUAAUAAAUUUUGAGGGACCUAAAUUCCUGAGGUUUUAAACUAAAGUAGAAAUCAGUUUUUCAUUUUACCAAAACAAUACCUCAUCGCACACAAAAUGUAUUACAUUGUAUAUAUGGAUCUUUUUUGCCAUAAAUUCAAACUGAAUCAACUUAUUUCGACGCUCAUUUAUAUAUUAAUAAUUUUGAAUCGAUUAUUCUUCGAUAAACUUGCAAAUGUUAUACAUUAAAAACCAACAUAUAUCGUUCUUAAUAUAUAGAUAUAUAUAUUUAGAUUGGUGAUAAGAUAAUAGAGAUACUUUCAUUUACCAGAUAGAAGAAACUGCUGUUUUUCGGAAAACAUAGUCUAGAUCAACUAUUUCUUCCGGCAAUCUGUAAGUCCCCCUUUUCAAUUAUAUGUUUUAUUGACAGAUUGCUUUUUUCAAUGUUUGCGCCUUUAUAUAAGCUAUCUUAGACGGGAAUUUCUGGAAAAUUAUCAAAUUUUGUUCAUAGGUAAUUAUACCGCAGCUCAUCUGAAAACCAGAUUUGCCACUAAUUUACUUCAUGAUGUCCUCAAGGUCAGUUGAACAUGUUUUACCUUACAUACGAAUCUACGGUGAUCAUUCGUAAUAUACCUUACGCUUAUGACGUCAUAUAUUCUUACGGCGCCCUCGGAGGCUAGGCCUAUAACCAUGAUGAUAAUAAAACGCGUAAAUGGAGUUGGCAAAGAAUGCAAGGCAAUUAUCUUCAGCCUCUAAAAUGGCGGAGCGAUGAAGUCGAUGGAAAAGGCCUUGUACAAAUGUGCAAUAAUACAAACGUAGAGCACAAAGUAUCACUUAUUUUUCUUUUGUAUUAUUAUGGUGUUUAAGCUUGAAUUUACAUGUUUUUUUUCUUCAUAAUAAUUAUUGGAAUUGUGUUUUGAAGAAAAGAUAACUUAAUGAAAAGAAUGAGCAUUUGAUUCAUGUAGGGGUUGUGUUUUUGUUUCUUUUCUUAGCUGUGAAUUAAUAAAUCAGAAUUCGAAGAAGAGUUGAUAUUAACCUGAAUUAACGAAUGUGUCCGAUAAAGUUAGCAAAGCUGUUAAUGCAUUGAAACUGUCAACAAACUAAAUUUGCCUCAAUACAGACCUUCCAACCAUUCUGAAUUUUGAGGAAAGAAUUUGAAUAAAUUCCUCAUUAGAGUUCUUACUUUUCUUUUCUAUUUUCAUAUUUUUAUGCUACUUGCACUCCAGCUUUUAAGAAAUGUAUUUUUUUGGAGCAAAAUCAUCACUCAUUUUUAUCAGAUAGGUUGAUAGGUCUGCAUUAGGGACUAUUAAUUUUCAAUUAUCCAAUGUUCAAGGGUGAAGUUCUGCUAUAAAUUGUAGACCUAUAUUCAUUACAGUUUCAUUGAAAGUGAGCACUGUCACAACACGGCUGGUACCAAAGGCAAAGUUAUUUCUUGAAUAAGAUGAAUUUUUCGAUGUAACAACA